AUCGUCCCAGAGGCUCUCCUGUGCGCUCUCAGUGUUGCCAGCCGCCCGCCCCUCACCCUGCGGACCGCGCCUCCUGCAUCAUGUGCGGUAUAUUUGCUUACUUAAACUACCAUGUUCCUCGGACAAGACGAGAAAUCUUGGAGACCCUAAUUAAAGGCCUUCAGAGACUGGAGUACAGAGGAUAUGAUUCUGCUGGUGUGGGAGUUGAUGGAGGCAAUGACAAAGAUUGGGAAGCCAAUGCUUGCAAAAUCCAGCUUAUUAAGAAGAAAGGGAAAGUUAAGGCACUGGAUGAAGAAGUUCACAAACAACAGGAUAUGGACUUGGAUAUAGAAUUUGAUGUGCAUCUUGGAAUAGCUCACACCCGUUGGGCAACACAUGGAGAACCCAAUCCAGUCAAUAGCCAUCCCCAGCGCUCUGAUAAAAAUAAUGAAUUUAUUGUUAUUCACAAUGGGAUCAUCACCAACUACAAAGAUUUGAAAAAGUUUUUGGAAAGCAAAGGCUAUGAUUUUGAAUCUGAAACAGACACAGAAACAAUUGCCAAGCUUGUUAAGUAUAUGUAUGACAAUCGGGAAAGUCAAGAUACCAGUUUUACUACUUUGGUGGAGAGAGUUAUCCAACAAUUGGAAGGUGCUUUUGCACUUGUAUUUAAAAGUGUUCAUUUUCCUGGGCAAGCAGUUGGCACAAGGCGAGGUAGCCCACUGUUGAUUGGUGUACGAAGUGAACAUAAACUCUCUACUGAUCACAUUCCAAUUCUCUAUAGAACAGGCAAAGACAAGAAAGGAAGUUGCAAUCUUUCUCGUGUGGACAGCACAACUUGUCUUUUCCCUGUUGAAGAAAAAGCGGUUGAGUAUUACUUUGCUUCUGAUGCAAGUGCUGUCAUAGAACACACCAAUCGCGUCAUCUUUCUUGAAGAUGACGAUGUCGCAGCAGUGGUGGAUGGCCGCCUUUCUAUCCAUCGAAUUAAACGAACUGCAGGAGAUCACCCUGGUCGAGCUGUGCAAACCCUCCAGAUGGAACUACAGCAGAUCAUGAAGGGUAACUUCAGUUCAUUUAUGCAGAAGGAAAUUUUCGAGCAGCCGGAAUCAGUUGUGAACACAAUGAGAGGAAGGGUCAACUUUGAUGACUACACUGUGAAUUUGGGUGGUUUGAAGGAUCACAUUAAGGAGAUUCAGAGGUGCCGGCGUUUGAUUCUUAUUGCUUGUGGAACAAGUUAUCAUGCUGGUGUAGCAACGCGUCAAGUGCUAGAGGAGCUGACUGAGUUACCUGUGAUGGUGGAACUAGCUAGUGACUUCCUGGAUAGAAACACUCCAGUUUUUCGAGAUGAUGUUUGCUUUUUCAUUAGUCAGUCAGGUGAGACAGCAGAUACCCUGAUGGGUCUGAGGUACUGUAAGGAGAGAGGAGCUUUAACCGUGGGAAUCACAAAUACAGUUGGCAGCUCUAUAUCAAGAGAGACAGAUUGUGGAGUUCACAUUAACGCUGGUCCUGAGAUUGGGGUGGCCAGUACAAAGGCUUACACCAGCCAGUUUGUAUCCCUUGUGAUGUUUGCCCUUAUGAUGUGCGAUGACAGGAUCUCCAUGCAAGAAAGACGCAAAGAGAUCAUGCUUGGAUUGAAACGGCUGCCUGAUUUGAUUAAGGAAGUACUGAGCAUGGAUGAUGAAAUUCAAAAACUGGCAACAGAACUUUAUCAUCAAAAGUCAGUCUUGAUAAUGGGGCGUGGCUAUCAUUAUGCUACUUGUCUUGAAGGGGCACUUAAAAUUAAAGAAAUCACCUACAUGCACUCUGAGGGCAUCCUCGCUGGUGAGUUGAAACAUGGGCCUCUGGCUUUGGUGGAUAAGCUGAUGCCUGUCAUCAUGAUCAUCAUGAGAGAUCACACUUAUGCCAAGUGUCAGAAUGCUCUUCAGCAGGUGGUUGCUCGGCAGGGGCGCCCUGUGGUGAUUUGUGAUAAGGAAGAUACUGAGACCAUUAAGAACACGAAAAGAACGAUCAAGGUGCCCCACUCUGUGGACUGCCUGCAGGGCAUUCUCAGUGUGAUCCCCUUGCAGUUGCUGGCUUUCCACCUUGCUGUGCUGAGAGGCUAUGAUGUUGAUUUCCCGCGGAAUCUUGCCAAAUCUGUAACUGUAGAGUAAAGAGCACCUGAAACUCGGGGCAGUUAAGCAACAGAUGACACCUUUUGUAUUUAAAAUCUUGAUUUAAAAUAUCACUCCUUUACACCUUUUUUAGUAAAUUCUAAUUUAUAUAUUAGUUACAAUUAUUCCACUUAAUUAGUGGUUUUUGUGAAAAUUACCUCUUAUAUUUUUCCAGUGAUUUGUGGGGGAGUUUGAAUAAUGAACUCUAUAUCAGAAAGAGAUUUUAGCUAUCAUUUUCUUUUAAGAAUACUGGGUGUUGAAUUUCUGGGCCCUCCACUUCAAUCUGAGAGGAUUGCACGUUUUUAAAAUAAUUGGCAUUUGUUUUACUAUGCAUCUAUUCAGUCAGACCAGUGAAAGAGUAGUGCAUUUAACUGGGAUAUCGAAAGCCAGCAGCAAAGUAUGCUAACUCUUGGACAAGUGAAUUAAGAUUUUGCUAAGCUAUAUAUAAAGAGAAGAUGCUGUGAUUUAUUUGAAACAUGUUUCUGUUUGUUUUUAAAUCAAACUGUAAAACUUAAAAACUGAAAACUUUCUGGUGGGAUUUCUAUCUAAAUUAGGUUAACCUUAGUUUCUCAGACUUUUUUGCCUCUUAUAAUCUGUAGGUCGAAGUAAUUUAGGAAGCAAUAUAUUAUGGUACUGCAUUGGUUUUUUCUGACCCUUAAUAGAACGUAUUUGCACAAUUUUAUAGCACAAGUUUAAAUUUGAGCUGCUUUGGACAACCAACAAUUUGAAUAUGAAUUUAAAGAUAGGUUGUGUAGGUAUUGGAUGUCAUACUCCUUAUUUUCUCAUCAACUAAAAGUGGUUAUUUAUAUUUCAUUCUAUCUACAGGUUAUCGAUCAUUUUUUAAAUGACUGCUGAAUGACAUAUUUUAUCUUGUUCUUUGAAACUGCAACAGAGAGCUGCUAUCAGAUGUCUCAAAUUAAAUCAAUACUGAUAAAUCGAUGUUAUACCUCUUCAGUUUUGUCCCAAGGAAGAAUUUCAUGUAGUUAAUUUUAACUUUCCUUCAUUGCUUCCUUACAUAAAACUACUACCUUAGUGCCAGUUUGGAAGCUCUUUGCAAUUGUUUGGAAGAUUUGCAAGUCUUUUGACUAAUCAUUUGCCUCUAAAUUGCAUGGUGAGCUAGCCUCAGAAAAGCUAUUUGCUUUAUACUGAUAAUGGUGAAGGAUUGCAUCAAAUUUAGUAUUAUUUCGUUGUCAUUUUUCUAUUUGUAUUUUCUGUGUUCUCCUAGAAUAUAGGUAAGAAUGAAGGUGAUACAAAUGAAAAGAUAUUGAGGUACCUUCAGCUGAUUAGUGUCAGAAAUGGAAGUUGACAGCCUAAAAUAUUUAGGGUAGAAAUAUUAGUUUGACACCCAAAAAGUUGUAAUAAUUUCUUUAAUGGAGUUUUUUUGUGUUUUUUUUUGUGUG